GGCAAUUUUUAUAGCGUUACUCUUGAUAACCGGAAAUCUCAGAGACCAAAAACUCAAAGCAGACGACGCAGACCCAACCGGGGUUUCAUGUAUUCAUUGGACGGAUCUUCAGCUGACAUUUUCGCCGACCAGUAACGCGCGUUCCCACCAUAAUUAAAUCGAUAUUUACUCGAUUAUUCAUCGAGCUACCAUCCUUAUCAAGUGUAGUAUCCUUGUUUAACAGAUUAUUUUGACACAGCGACGAGUACGUAAAGAAAUCGGAUUUCUUCAUGAUGAGAAGAUAUAAGGAAAUUUUUGCAUUGCUAAUACUAUUUACUGCGGAUCUUAGCCGGGGUGAUGUGCUUUAUAAGUUCAUGAAUCGGGAGGAUCCGUGUGUAUAUCUCUGUGAAAAGGCUCCACUGCCCUUUGCAAUUAAUGAAUACUCCAAAUCGUGUUGCCAGAGAGGUUGCAGGUUUUUUAAUCUGGUUGAUCUGCGUCAUGGUUUAGAACCUGACAGCUUAAAUGGUACCAGGGAUGCCUGUGAAGCAUCAUGCACAGAAGCAUAUACAAUGCAAGAUGACCGCUAUGCUUGUACCAUAGGCUGUGACUCUAUGGCCAAGCAGCGUAACUUAGAUCUAGUAUGCCUUUUGUCAGUUGCUAUCUACGUUGAAGAAGGAGUUGACUCGAAUAUACUAUUGAUGUCACCAGAUGUCCCGGAUAAUGACAUACUAACAGAUCCUGGAUUAAGAAAGGAACUGUUACCUGGUUGGUGGGACUCUAAUGGAUUUAAGCUACCACAGACCUAUAUUAAAACAGUCCCUAUAGAUGCAGGGACCGUGGACUACGGCAAUCCAUCAGACUAUUCAGGAGAAACCGAACAAUCUGCAAUGAUACCUGGAUCAGAUUGGCUACAGUGUGCUUCACGCCACACAGGAAUACCACGUUGGAUGCUUGCAACUGCAAUAGUAGUCGCAGCUAUAUCAGCUGUAUGGCUUUGCUUAUCGCCGGAGAAAUCCGAGGAAGAAGAUAUAAAUGUUGAAAAGUGUAAUAUUCCAAACAAAGUGACCGUAUACAUGCCAGACGAGGCACCUUUGCAUAAAAAGCCACCCCCAAAAUACAGCGAAAAUGUUGAUGUUAAUGAUAUUAACUUGAAACUUUAGAUAGAUAGAUACUCUGUUGUUUGACUGCUACAAAAAUCUUUCUUGAUUAUUUAAAUUUGAACUUAAUAAAGGAGUUCAGAGUGAAAGGAAAUUCGGGUCAUUUGAUGUUUGCUCUACAUCUGUAGGUAUUAGAUUAUUACGUCAAUAGAUACUGACUUAAAAUUUUAAUAUUGAACUCAUUUCAUUUAAAAGCAAGUUUAUGUUUUUUCAAAUUUAUGCAAGCUUUGUUUAUGUUAUUCUAAAGGUUCUUCUCGUGUCAUUUAUGGUUUUUGCGACAGUUUUGAAGCAACAAAAUCAAAAUAUUUCACUCGGUCGGUAGAAUACAGAUCUACCGUAACGUUUCUCAACAAAACGUUCUCGUCAUGAAUCAUAUUAAGUUAAUAAAUUUUUAAUAUUCGUUUGGCUGUCUUGUCACGAUAAUUUUGGAUAACAAAUACAGCAAAUUAUUGAAAAAUUAAAGAAAUUAAAUUAGUGAAAUUAAGAUGAGUAGAUACUUAAUAUGCAAAUUCUCGUCAACGUCGCGCAGUAAUCAACAUAGUUCUUUCUCGAGUAAAAGAUAGACCUAAAAUUAUAUAAAUUAAUCUAUAAUCGAGCAUACAACUGUAAGUGUUAAUUAGAUUCGACACUUAUUAGAUAAAUUAUAUGUCGUGUUUUAAUUUUUCUAUGCUUGCUCGGAAUAGAACAACUUCUUAACUUUUACAAUGAAUUAUUUAAAAAAUUUUCUUUACGUUAUAUUCAUCUUUAUAGUAGUACAUUGUUAUUGCAGAUACAUCAUCGAUAUGAUGAUUAAUAUUUAAUUCCAUUAUGUAGAUGGCUCUUUUAAUUUUGCCAAAAAUUACAUUUUUCCAAAGAAAUGUUGAUAUCUUUAAAUGGCGUUUUAAGAAUUGACAAUGCAAUUUUAUAUAUACAAAAGUUUCUUCGUCGGGAAUUUGUUCAUUUACGCCUUUAUGUUUUUAUUCUGUGAUUAUGUUUCCAAAGAUUAUUACGAUUAGAAUCGCGUUUGACUAGUGAUUAAUGUUUGAAAAUUCUUAUAAUACGUCCCCAUUGAUAACUACAUCAGCUUGCUCAAAUUAUUUGUAAUAUCAGUUUGCAUUCGCAUAGUAUGCGCAUCUUGUAUAAUGGGAAUAUUAAUAUAAAGGGAAAAAGUACGAGAAUAAUGUUCAAACAUAAGAAUACGCUCAGCCACUAUAAUUGUCUUUUGAACAAUCGGAAAUCCAAAUCACGGUACAACGAAAAUCAGAACCUCAAAUAAGACCAACAAAGAAUUCUUAUUGAUUCCAAUAACACAUUAAUUAGACAGAAUCUGGAUUUGUGUAAAUAUCAUAAUUCCUUUUAAUAUCGACUUCGGUCAUUUCAUAUUACACAUAUUAUUAACAAAUAAUUAUGUUGCUAUUUAAUAAUUACUAAUUUAAUUAAUUCGAUCUAUUUCCACAUAUGCAGUUACCUCAAAUAAUUACUUACAAUUUAAAUGACCUCCGACGUAAAGACUUGAAAAGUACCAUAUACAGUUCAGAGUGAGAGACAUUUUCUUGUUGGUGAGCUUUUUGGGACUUAUUUUGGAAUAUGAAUAUAAAAGGGUUUAUCAUAAUGCAUUUCAGAAUACUUAUGAAAAUAUGCAUUCUUAUGAACAUCUUAUGAACGAAUAACUGAGUAAGAUCUGUGGUUAAAGAUGUAACAAAAUUUAAUAGAACAUAAAACAUGGUGAUACCACAUUAGAAAAAUUUAACACAGGGUAUCUGAAGUUUCGUAUUUAAAAAAAUGACAGUUUAUAAUAUUUCACAGAACAGUCAUACCCAAUAGAGUACACAUUUAUUAUACAAUAAUUAAUCUCCCACUCUAUAAUAUAUGUACCAGGAGGCAAUAUUAUAUACAAUAUUUGUGCAAAGAUAAAUAUGUAUACAAAUAUCUCUAAUCCCAAGACCAUCUUCAUAGCUUAACUUUUACAGUAAUAUAAAGAGCAAUAAAUUAUAUUUACUUGAAUUUCUUGAAUGUUAUUAGAUUAAUGGAAAAUUGGAAGUGAAGAAGUUCUUAAAUUAAUGAAAAUGAUAUCGCAGAUUGCUUGUUAAGGACAUUUUUUAUGCAAGAAUUCUAUAAAAUUAUAAUAUGGAUAUACAACCGGGUCCUCAAUAUAUUGUUCCAUCCACGACAAGCUACUAAGUAUCCCUUUCCCGUCAGCAAGUUAAGUAAAAAAAAAUAUGUAGAAAACGUAGUUGUGAAUUCUUAGCAGAUUACUGUUAAAGCAUUAACUAUUUCAAUCGUCUAAACGUUUACUGUUGCACUUUCGCAUUCAAGAUGUAGAUUUCAGCAUCAUGACUGAGGAACAUUGUCUAGUACAAUGUUAUCCAGUUUUAUUAACAAUACUGUUAGACUGUCAAGAAAGUAAAUAAAGUGAAUAAAGUUAAAAAUCGUA